AUGUCUCAGUUCGCCACUGAAAAUUUUCUUAUUCCCCCUUUUAAAUAGGAACAAAAUAUAGGUAAAAUUUCCAUUUUUUGGGUACUCAGCACCCUCUUUUAAAUUGGAGCAAUUUUUUUUUCAAUAGGAAAUUUUUUAUAGCUGAAAAUACUAAUAUUUAUAAGCCUAAUUUAAUGAAUAGUGUAAUUAGAAUGUUUAUUUAUAUAUUUUUCACACUGAAUCGAUUAAUUUUUGAAUUAAUUCUUUAUAAAAUAAAUUAAAAUUCAAACUAUUGUUCUCAAUUUAUAUUUUUUUCAAUUUUACAAAUUUUAAAUAGAUGUGAUUGCUUUAAAAAGAGUUAACCACCUUUAAAUUGGAGUAGGAUUUUUGUUCCAAAUGAAAGGGGGGAGUUAAAAAAAUCGCUGACCUUCAAUCAGAAAUAAAAAUAAAGGAAGCACAGAUAUAUGAUCAGCUGAAAAAUCAAAGAAAAUUAGAAAUUGACUUAGAAGCAAUGAAAAAAAGAUAUAAAGAAAAAGAAUAUGAAAAUCGACGAAUUCUAGAAGAUAAUCAUAGGCUUACUUAAAUUACUUAUGAGAAGUCCCCUACAAGCUCGCAGGCCAUUACUUACCUUCACAUAGCGUUCCAUCGCUUGCAUUGCCAGUCCGACACGGCGUUCCACUGUGCUGCUCCUCACUGAUAAGGGCUUACACUUGCUACUCGAGAGUCAGAGACCAUCCCUUACGCAAAAGGAGUUUUCUUCAGGAAAUUCGAAAAAAUAAUUUUUUCGUCAGGUUGCCGACCGAGAUGGAGCCCAGAGUUCAGGAUAUCUAGUAUCGCGCUAGGGUUUUGUCCAAUUGGCCAAGAGAUAUCUCCCAGUCUUACUGGACUUCACCUUUCCAACGCCAGCUAACCAUCUCCCCAUGGGGUAAAACCUUAACCUGGAUGCUAGUAUGCAAUCAGCUCAGCCUGACAUUGCGUGCCACAAAGCUAAGUAAAACCCGAUUAUAUACUCAUUUCAAAUUAGCCUAAAGCUACAGACGUCAAAAAGGGAGCUUGACUAAUUGCACCAUUUUAAUAUACAUAAUUAAUCAUAGGCUAAGGGCGAGAUUUAAAGAAAUAGGCACUUUUAAUUUUGGAGAAAAUAAUGAAAUUAAUGCAGAAAUGAUGGAGAAAGAAAUAAUUAGAAGGAAUGAAGAAAUCAAGCGGCUUCAAGAUCAAUUGAAAUCACAAGAAAAGGACUUUAAAACGAAGCUUGAUGGUGAAACAAGAAGGCUUUCAAAAUUAGUAGCAGAAGGUGAUAGAAAACUAAUCGAGCUUAAAAAAUUCAUUAAAAAUUCAACAGAACCUAAAGAAGAGAAUAAUGUUGACCCUCAAUUUCUAACAAUGCUUUCAGAGCUAAAAGAAGAAAAUAAAUUUUUGAAGCAAGAAUUAGCUCAAAAGACUAUAGAUCCUUGCAUGGAAGACAGAAUUAAAGAGCUUGAAGAAAUGCAAGCUGUAAUAAUUCAAGAGAACAAUAGAAUGAAAGAAGAAUUACAAAGCUCUUUAAAAGAUAAAGGAAGUGGAGCUUAUACAAUUAGCAGAGAAAUUAAUAGGAUAUCCAAAGAUGUCCACAGUCUGUUUGAAAUUUUGAAUGCGUUUAUUUCUGGAAAAGAAAUCCCAAUUAGGUUACUAUUAACAGUUCAAGAACCUGAUAUUCCUUCUUUAUAUCAAAUGGAUAGAGAUUUCCAAACAAUUAGGAAUGAUCUCAACGAAAUAAGAACAAUGAUCGCGGAUUAUCAUGCGGAACAGACUGGAAACAAUAUGUGCAAUACUCAAUAG